AUCCGCGUCGCAUCUGGGAAACGUGGGAGAAGCGGAAGCGAAAUAAAACGUAUGCGAGUGAAGAGUGCAUUCACACGUGAAUUGGUGUGAGCAUGGCGUCGAUUCAGGAACCAGAGGUCCAGCUAGCGCAGAGAUUAGCUUCCAACGAGAAACUCGUCCGGACUAAGGCUUUGAAGAAGCUGAGGAAAUAUAUACAUAGCAGGUCUCAAAUCGCGACAGGUGGAUUCUCUGGGGAUGAGCUGCUCAAGCUGUGGAAGGGUCUGUUCUACUGCCUGUGGAUGCAGGACAAACCACUGCUCCAGGAGGAGCUAUCCAACCAAAUCUCUGCCCUGAUGCUCAGCUUUCACCAUGUUGACGGACAGCUAUUGUAUUUGGAGAGCUUCCUGCUGACCUUGAAAAGAGAGUGGACUGGUAUCGACAGGCUGCGAAUGGACAAGUUCUUCCAGCUUGUUCGCUUUAUGUUCAGACAAACCUUUGAGAUGCUGAAGAGCAGAAACUGGGAGAGCAGUGCGGUCUGCAAGUUUCUGAAGCUGCUGACGGAACAGCUCCUGCAGCGCGGCAGCGGGGCACCGAUCGGGCUGCAGCUCCACGUCCUGGACCUUUACAUGAGUGAGCUGGCGGCCGUGGGGUCAGCAGAGCUCACGGCCGAUCAGAACUUGAUAUUCAUUGAGCCAUUCUGCAAAGCGGCAGCCAAAACCAAGGAUCGGUGUCUCUUCAAUGCCAUCUGCAACAGCCUCCUCAGCGCCAUUAUUGACCAGGCCCCCUUCGCUAUUGACGAUCUGAUGAAGGAGUUGAAAGCAACUGAGGACUCUGACUCCGACUCGGGACAGGCUUCUGGAGAGGACCACGACGACAAACUAAAUGAGAACAUAAGCAAACCGGUCGGCAAGAAAAGGGCGCGGAAGCAGAUGAACGGUAAUGUGUCAAAUGACCAUGACGAUGAUGAUGCUGGGCUUCUCCAGGGGGAAGACUCCGACACAGAGGUGUCUUGCGAUGAAGACAUUGGACAUGUCCUACAGUUUAACUAUGGCGCCCUGGCAGACCGGCUGUUUGAGCUGGCCAGUCGGGGAAGCAUUCUCAGCCGGAACAGACAGAGACUCUACAAGAUGGUCAAAGUACUGCGUGAUCUGAAUGAAGGCAUCUUUCCUCCGGAUGAGUAUCCAGAGGAGGUCUCUACAGAUGAAGAUGACGACAUGUUCGGCAGCAGGAAGAGGAUGAAAAGAGUAGCAGGUCACACGGAGGCUAGAGAUGGGGGGGUGCCAGGAGCAAAGAAAGGAGGGCAGAAGGAGCCGUCCCCACCUGACAAGCAGAGCAAGGCUUCAGUGAAAGAUGACAAUGCAGCUGACCUGACUGCAAAUAAAAAGAAGAAAAAGAAAAGGAGGAAGAAAGCCAUGCAGGAUAAUGGUGCAGACAGAUCAGAACAGACGUGCACUGUGGCGACGAUUACAGAGACUGAAGGAGGCCUCCAUUGUUCACAGGAAAAAGCACAAACGCAAAGCUCCCUGAAACCUGUAACCGAACCAGUGCUCCUUUCUGAAGGGCCGACAGUUACCGCCAUAGGAAAAAAUGGCCAACCCGCCGACGGCACAAGUAGCAACAUGCCAUGUCCGACUCCUGAGCUUAACGUGGAAGUCCCAGAGACGGACAUGUCUUGUGAACCUUAUGCUACGGUCUCAGGGAAGAAGGGCCUGAAGGUAAAGUUACACACAGAUGAGGUGGGAGCCAAACUGCAUAUCAAUACUGAAGCAGAGAUUCCAUUAAGUCUAGAGUCUGCAGAAAACAACAUUGCACCAAGGGCUGAUUGUUCCACCACUGGCAAGAGGAAGAAGAGAAGCCUAACUAAAUUUUCCAAUGGAAAAGAAGUGAACCGUGUGGGCACCGCAGCAACGUGUCAAUAUUCAGAGGAAGGUAACUCCAACACUGGACUUGAGAAGCAAACUGAUUCUAUAACCCCACGCAAUAAGAAGAGUAAGAGAAGUAACCUCCUCCCUGAGUUGGAGGAAGGGGGAAAACUUACCAAUGCUGUAGAUGCAACCACAGCCCCACUUUCAAAGAAAAAGAAAAAAAGCAAGCCGGAAGAUGCUUCUCAAGAUCCAAGCACUGUGCUCCGACUAAACAAGAGGAAAAAGCCCCAAACCGUCAGUAAGACGGGGGAGGAAGACGCGGCUGCGGAGAAGUUACCGUUUGACAUCACUGUGACCGCACCAGCAAAUAAUAAAAUAGGAGAGUUGCAAGUAGUUUGCCGUGUCGAUGCAGAGCCCACAUUGGCUCCCUCUGGGAAACCACAGAAGAGGAAGAUCCCUGUGGUCUUUGAGUACGAGGUGGACGAGCUGGAGGCGGCAUUGAUCAACGGGGUCGCAGAGGAUGACUCUGUCACCAAGAAGGGUGAACCAGACUGCGACGUUGGAGAGCCAGCCACUCCUAUUCGCACUAAAAAGUCACAGAAGAAGACUUCUUCAGACUUCUGCGCCUUUCAGAGUAACGCGACAGUGCCAAAGCCACUCUUCUGCAAAACUAAGGGGAGCACCAGCAAGAAGAGUCAAACCCCCAAAUCAGAAUCCAAGAAAGUGACCUUUGGUCUCAAGAAUAAUAAGACCGCUGAGUUUCGGAAGACUGAUCGCAGCUUGCUGGUGAGUCCAGACGGCUCAUUACGAGUGCCCUUUGACCCCAAACAGAAACCAAAGUUUGGGGUCUUGAAGUCUCCACCCACAGCGCUCUCUGGCAGAAAGGUUCCGAAGGGAAACAGGAAGACCAGCAUGAAUACUCCCAAGAGUACACCGAAACGGCGCCCCUCGGCAGCAGACUUCUUCUAACAGACGUAGUCGUUUUCUGAAUAGACUGAUUUCUACACCCGCCCUUUGGAGAGCGAUGCGGUGGCGUUUCUAUUUGUACCCAAAAUCAGUGUUAUUUGUUUGCCUCUCACUGAGUUAACGUUUGGAAAAAUUGUAAUGAGCAACUAUUCAAAGUAAUUAACUUUUCAGUUAAUGUGAGUUUGAUACAGCACAUGUCAAAAUAAAUUAUAUUUUGGGAAGAAGUUGUCCUUUUUAAUUAGAAGAAAAUAAUUUACCAUGCAGGGCUUGGUGGUAUGACCAAAAAUUCAUAUCACCGUAUUUUUUUAUUUUUCCCUCGAGUAAAUCCAUUCAUCACCUCGACAGCUCCCAAGUGGCCAGCAGGUUAGCGUGUUAGCUGUUGUGGCUUGCCACACUUUGCAAUAAACUGUUUUCUGAUCUAA